AUGGAUUUGAAGAGUUUUGGUGAAGAAAGUUUUGAUCCUAAACAGUGGAUUAAUAAAGCUUGGAGAUCUAAUAGCAACCAAGAAAAAGAGAUAUUUGUUGCCAACACUGUGACAAGGCUGCAGUUAUAUAUGAAACAAUUGACCAAUUCUCUAGAUGAAACUACUACACAGAUUGUCACAUCCAUUCCUCGCAUAAUGCAAGAUGCGUCAUCGUUGCAACUUGAAGGUGCUCUACUGCAGCAAAAGCUGCUUUCCUUAGAACAGAAGGUGCAAAGCGUAGAAGAGCAAACAGGACAUUCUAUAGAAAGCCUGCAGAAGAUUGACUCGCUUAAGAGUCGUUUGGAGAGUGCAGCGUCAGCACUACGCGAGGCUGAUAAGUGGGCUGCUUUAGCAACUUCCUUAGAAGAUAUUCUGGAUUCAGGCGUACCUACACAGGGAGAUAAGUUGGCUGAACUGUGUGAUCAGGUCGCAGCGAUGACUGCCAGUCUUGAAGUACUCAGUGAUGCUCCAGAUUAUGAGACGAAACGAUUACAGCUAGAGACUUUGUAUAACAGGUUAGAGGCUGCUGUUAGCCCUCCUCUCAUCGAGGCCCUCACUCAAAUGGAUGCUGAGCGUACGUCUCGUUACGUGACACUGUUCAGCGGCAUGUGUCGCGGCGUGUCGGUGUGUCGCUGCUGGCGCCGCGCCGCCGCCCAGCGCCUCGCCCUCGCCUGGCGCCGCCUCGACGCGCACUCCGUGGCCGCGCUCGGCAGGCUGCUGGCGGGCGAGGCGGCGCGACAGGUGAGUGUCGCCUCGUGUGUCGCCUCACGCGCACUCCGUGGCCGCGCUCGGCAGGCUGCUGGCGGGCGAGGCGGCGCGACAGGUGAGUGUCGCCUCGUGUGUCGCCUCACGCGCACUCCGUGGCCGCGCUCGGCAGGCUGCUGGCGGGCGAGGCGGCGCGACAGGCUGCUGGCGGGCGAGGCGGCGCGACAGGUGAGUGUCGCCUCGUGUGUCGCCUCACGCGCACUCCGUGGCCGCGCUCGGCAGGCUGCUGGCGGGCGAGGCGGCGCGACAGGUGAGUGUCGCCUCGUGUGUCGCCUCGUGUGUCGCCUCACGCGCACUCCGUGGCCGCGCUCGGCAGGCUGCUGGCGGGCGAGGCGGCGCGACAGGCUGCUGGCGGGCGAGGCGGCGCGACAGGUGAGUGUCGCCUCGUGUGUCGCCUCACGCGCACUCCGUGGCCGCGCUCGGCAGGCUGCUGGCGGGCGAGGCGGCGCGACAGGUGAGUGUCGCCUCGUGUGUCGCCUCGUGUGUCGCCUCACGCGCACUCCGUGGCCGCGCUCGGCAGGCUGCUGGCGGGCGAGGCGGCGCGACAGGCUGCUGGCGGGCGAGGCGGCGCGACAGGUGAGUGUCGCCUCGUGUGUCGCCUCACGCGCACUCCGUGGCCGCGCUCGGCAGGCUGCUGGCGGGCGAGGCGGCGCGACAGGUGAGUGUCGCCUCGUGUGUCGCCUCACGCGCACUCCGUGGCCGCGCUCGGCAGGCUGCUGGCGGGCGAGGCGGCGCGACAGGCUGCUGGCGGGCGAGGCGGCGCGACAGGUGAGUGUCGCCUCGUGUGUCGCCUCACGCGCACUCCGUGGCCGCGCUCGGCGGGCUGCUGGCGGGCGAGGCGGCGCGACAGGUGAGUGUCGCCUCGUGUGUCGCCUCACGCGCACUCCGUGGCCGCGCUCGGCAGGCUGCUGGCGGGCGAGGCGGCGCGACAGGCUGCUGGCGGGCGAGGCGGCGCGACAGGUGAGUGUCGCCUCGUGUGUCGCCUCACGCGCACUCCGUGGCCGCGCUCGGCAGGCUGCUGGCGGGCGAGGCGGCGCGACAGGUGAGUGUCGCCUCGUGUGUCGCCUCACGCGCACUCCGUGGCCGCGCUCGGCAGGCUGCUGGCGGGCGAGGCGGCGCGACAGGCUGCUGGCGGGCGAGGCGGCGCGACAGGUGAGUGUCGCCUCGUGUGUCGCCUCACGCGCACUCCGUGGCCGCGCUCGGCAGGCUGCUGGCGGGCGAGGCGGCGCGACAGAUUGGCUAACCAACGUCCUGAAGUCUGAGACUCCGCUGGCAGAGCUAGUGAGGCUGUACACAGAUUUGUUGCUGUCUCUGGAACCAUCGCCCACCAAGGUAGUAUCAGCCAACUUGAAACUGUGUUCGAAUCCAGACGAAGGUAUUCUUCUUCUGACAGACUUGCGUACAGACAUAGACGACUUCGUCAGUUGUAUUCAAGGGGUUAUUGACGCACCACGACAGAAUAAAGAAAUUCUGCCGCCCGCCACUCUAAGAGAGUUCGGGCGAGCUGUAUACGGACCUCUGAGAGAACUGCUGCCCAAGUAUACAGAGAUGCAGGCCCAACUCCUCAUUACCAACCUGCAGGACCCACAACUUAAACAGGAGGAUCUUCUAGAACAAUCCAGAGCGAUCUUAGUGGUAGCCGAGCGCUGCGAGGGCUGGCUGUCCACAGCUCAUAGCAAGGCUAAGAAGAUAGCGGGCGAUGCUAUGUAUGCCGUUUAUAUGCCCGCCGUUGAGAGCUUCGUUUCGACCCUAUCCAACGUUAUAUCGUCACACAGCCGUCGGAUCGAGUCGACGUUCCUGGCGGCGGUGACCAACAGCCAGGCCACGGGCGUGCUCUGCGCCAGCUUCCCAGCAUCGCUGCUUUUGGAGUCCGCUGUCACCACCAUACUGGACACACUGGCCAAUGGACAUAAAGACGAGGAAAUAGUUAACGUAGAUCCCCUGCAUGAUCUGCCAACACUACUCCUGGAGUCGGAAGUUCGCAAUCGGUUGUCUUCGUUCAGGGACGAGCCCGUAGCGUCCGUGGCCGUGCUGCGACGCACCAAGGAUCAGCUCAGGAAUUUAGCCAGAGCUGUACUGAGGAAUCCUGUAGAUUUGCAAUUAGACAAGAUACCGCAGCUAUCGGUGUGGAGCAACAACGAUGCGCUUGCGACGGACCUGCCAGACUUCGCCCUGUCGCCGCAGGAGUAUAUCACUGAGAUCGGUCAGUACCUGAUGACGUUGCCGCAGCAUCUCGAAAUGCAUCUAUCGGAGAAACAGGCGCCUUUGCAGUUCUUAUCUGAUGUAUGUACGCACACAUGCGAGGUGUACGCCGAGAAGAUCCUGAAUAUAAGAAAUAUGGAUGCUUUGGGCACCAAACGAUGUCUUAAUGAUAUAGUGUAUUUGUCAAGCGUGGUGGAAGACCUGGGCAGCGCCAUCACUCCAGCCCUCAGGAACUUGGAGAAGUCACUGCGAGCUGCCACUCCUAGCCAACCGGCCGAAUCCUAG